ACUUCGAUUUGUUGACUUAUUGCCAUCUUAUCAGGUCGUUUGGUGCCUGAUGUGCCUGUCAGCUGCUACAGUGACAGUGCUGGUUCAUGAAUGAGAGUAAAUCUGACAAGAACACAUACUUCUUAAAGAGGGGCUCAGGGGCAUGUUGAAACUCUAGAGGCUUAUAGGAAAUCUGACGCAAAAUGUUUCAAAUGAAAAUAAACAUAAUUAGGAAGAAGGCAUUUUCUAUUUAGCCCAGCACCAGAGUGGAUUUGGUAAAAGAAACGAACCCACAGCACACUCCAGCUGUAGCUUCUCCCUCCUGUGAGUCGUUUGUGUCUCUACAUUAUUGAUUCCCAGAGGCUGCUGCUGCUGGCCAAUAGGCUCCUGAGACAGUUUUUUUUUCUUCAAAGGGAUGAGAGCAGAUGAACUGAUGAGAUUCGUGUAACUUUUGGAUGACCCCUUCUUGACAAAGACUGUCUCCAUCAAUUGUCCCCAGUCAUUAUUCGCUGCUUUUAUGCCAUGGGGCUUUUUGUAUCUUUUGUUGGUUUCUCUGUUGAACACCAUGCCUUCUAGUAAGACCUUAGAAACUGAAAUAUUUUAAUAUCUGCAAGAAUAAAACAACUCCAUUCAUAGUCAGCGCGACCUUUUUAAAAAAAAAUUGGUUUUAUAAUUUUAAAGUUAAAUAUUGAGUAAGGCUUUGGAGCCAUGUGCAUUUCUAUUAUUUUUCCAGCAUGCCCUUUUAUAAUCCAAAUGUGUACGCAGAUCUGUCAUGACAAUAUUUGUGUUUUUUUUCCCACUAGGGUCUAAUUUUGUUUUAUCUCAAGUUAGAUGAAAUUGCUUUUAGUUGUAUGUUUACCCGUUUAUGGACCAGCGUCACCUCUAUUGGCCGAUCUGGUCACAUGGUUCGCUAACUUUAUUCAGUUGACACCAAGUAGGAGGGCUUUAUGGAGGGAGGAAAAAAAGACAACUCGAGAAAAAUUAGUAUUUUCUACCUUCAGAAAUUAAUGGCCAUGAGUUCGUAUAUGGUGAACUCUAAGUAUGUGGAUCCCAAAUUUCCUCCCUGCGAGGAAUAUUCGCAAAAUAACUAUAUACCUGAGCAGGGCUCGGACUACUACAGUCCAUCGCAGGACACAGACUUUCAGCAUCCAGGGAUCUACCCACGGUCAAACUACACGGAGCAGCCCUUCAGCUGCAACACUGUGCAGGACUCCACAGCACAGCCACGGGGUCAUGUGCAGGAGAGAUCCGGUCAAUCGAGUCCCUUUAGCGCACAGACUGAGCAGGGGACCCCGGUCCAAGUGGCCGGACCCCGGACUUGUGGACAGCAGCAAAACACAAAGAGCCAAAAUGGGAUACAAGCCAAGCAGCCUGCAGUAGUUUACCCCUGGAUGAAGAAAGUCCACGUAACUACUGUGAACCCGGAUUACACAGGACCUGAGCCCAAACGGUCCCGAACAGCUUACACCCGGCAGCAGGUUUUGGAGCUUGAAAAGGAGUUCCAUUUUAACAGGUAUCUGACCAGGCGGCGACGGAUUGAGAUAGCUCACACCCUUUGUCUCUCCGAAAGGCAGAUCAAAAUCUGGUUUCAAAACAGACGGAUGAAAUGGAAGAAAGAUCACAAACUACCCAACACCAAGGGCAGAUCUGCACCAGCCUCCAGCCAUCUGCAAAGCAUUCAGAAGGAUAACCAGACUGAUAUCACAUCAUUAUAAGAGAGGAAGGUGUGUCACACCUUUUUAGAAAUAAACUGUAUAUAAAAAAAGACAAAGGUUGCAUCUGACUUUUGCAUGGACUGAUGUUUUUAGCCAUUUUUUUUUUUUUUAAUUUAACAAAAAUGAUCCCAGCAGUGUUGACUCAAGACUGAGUCAGAAAAAUCAAUCAGUCUUGAGGUUUGAGAUGUUUUCAAAGUUGAGCCUCUUUCUUGUU